CCAACUCGAACCUCCUUCACGGAAAGCCUCCGUAAUCCAUGUCGGUGGAAGACCAAAAGCCCCAUCAUGUCGUCCUCUUCCCCUACUUCGCGCAUGGCCAUUUCAACCCCUUCCUCGCCCUCGCCGAGCUCAUCCACCGCCGGUACCCCACCUACACCCUCACCCUCGUCAGCACCCCUCGCAACGUCCAAAACCUCCGCUCCUCCCUCCCACCGACCUUCCCCAUCCACCUACGAGCUCUCCCCUCCUUCCCAUCUGCCUAUGGCCUCCCCUCCACCGCCGAGUCCACCGCCGACAUCCCCUUCGACCUCUUUAUCAAUCUCUUCCAAGCCUCCGAGGCCCUCCAGCCCGCUUUCGAUCAGCUCAUCGCCGACAUCAUCCAAGAGGAAGGUCGUCCUUCUCUCUGUAUCAUAGCCGAUCAUUUCUUGGCUUGGACGGUGCAGGUUGCGCUGAGGCACGGGGUCUUUCACUCCAUCUUCAUAACCAGCGGAGCCUAUGGCACCGCCGUCUUGUUCUCUCUCUGGACUGAUCACCUCCCGCACACCCUCACCACCUCCGACGAGUUCUCGCUGCCCGAAUUCCCCGAACCCCGGAUCCACCGCUCGCAGCUCACAAAGCGAUUGCCCGUUGCCGGUCGUGCCGACCCGUGGUCCGUCCUCUUUCGGCGCAAGACAUCGCUUUGCUUCGAGACCGACGCCAUGCUGGUCAACACGGUAGAGGAGUUCGAGACCGCUGGCUUGCGGAUGCUGAGGAGAAUCAUGGGAGUUCCCGUCCGGGCCAUCGGCCCAUUGCUUCGUCCCCCAGCUUCUCUCUCCUCCUCUACGGCUGACAAGAAUUUUGCCAUCGAUUGGCUGGAUCUGCACCCACCAGGAUCGGUUCUGUUCAUCUCAUUUGGCUCGCAGAACACCAUCACAGCGUCCCAAAUGAUGGAGCUGGCGAUUGGACUGGAGGCAAGCGGGAGGCCUUUCAUUUGGGCUAUCAGACCUCCUGUCGGCUUCGAGAUAAAGGGCGAGUUCAGCCCGGACUGGCUGCCGGAGGCUUUCGAGGAGAGAGUGACGGAAGGAAAGGUAGGAAUAUUGCUGUGUGGGUGGGCACCUCAACUGGAGAUCUUAUCGCACCGGUCCACGGGGGCUUUUCUCAGCCACUGCGGAUGGAAUUCGGUGCUCGAGAGCCUGAGCCGGGGCGUGCCGAUCAUCGGGUGGCCCCUCAUGGGGGACCAGCUGUACAAUUCGAAGAUGCUGGUGGAGGAGGUGGGGGUGUGCGUGGAGGUGGGGCGGACGAGCUUAGAGGGCACGAGGGUGGAGAGAGGGGAGGUGGCGAGGGUGGUGAAGAUGGUGAUGGGUGAGACGGAGAAGGGGAGGGAGAUGCGGAGGAGGGCGGAGGAGAUAAGGGAGGUGAUGAUGGUAGCGUGGGCAGAGGGAGGGGGGUCGUCGUUCAAGGGAUUGGAGGAGUUCUUCCGGGCCGUGGCUUGAUGAGAGUUUUUACUUCGCAGGAGGUGGACGCCAAAUUAUGAUGGCAAGUCUUCGACUUUCGGUGGAAGGAUGGCAAGUGGUUCGCUCGGAGACCAGAAGCUAGGGAGUUGCUAGAGAGCUCCAUGUAGAUGCUCCAGAAAGCGUUGAGGAAUUAAAGCUCGGUUGAAUAUUACAUGUUUCCAAUUGUAAUUGGUUAAAGAAUGAUUGUUCUGGGCGAUAAAAUUUGUAUCUGGUUACACCUCUAAUACUUAUUUGUAAUGUUAAGAAUGAUGAAAUCUCAGCUAAAAUCUUAUGUCUUCA